AUGUCCCCGUUGUGCCAGCUUGGGUAUGGUAUCUGUGACGCCGAUACCCUGCCGAGUGGUGGCACAACAGAGCAAGUUGCACGGCCCCAUGUGGGGACUGUGCCAUACAAUAUUUUCGACGAUUGCAUUAUACCCGGCGAUGUCGCGUUGACUUUCGAUGAUGGCCCCGGUGUGUAUACAAACGGCAUGGUCGAUCUUCUCGACUCCUUUAAUGCAAAAGCCACGUUCUACAUUACUGGCAUCAACAAUGGAAAGGGCGCAAUUGACACUACCUCAGCAUGGGCGGACGUGAUCCGGAAGAUGAAUGCAAACGGUCACCAAAUCGCCUCUCAUACCUGGUCGCACGCCGACCUUUCGACCCUUAGCGAGGCCGGGCGCCGUGGUGAGAUGAUUAAGCUUGAAAUGGCUCUUCGUAACAUUCUUGGCUUCUUUCCGACAUAUAUGCGCCCGCCUUAUUCUUCGUGCAACGCUGCAUGCGUAGCUACGAUGAGUGCUUUGGGGUACCACAUCACGUACUUUGACCUGGACACGGACGAUUACAAUCAGAACACGCCCCAGAAGAUUCAAGUUGCCAAAAAUAACUUUGACAAUGCGAUCAACCCUUCCAAUCCUGCUGCUGAUGCAUUCCUUGCAAUUGCUCAUGAUAUCCACCAGACCACCGCACAGAAUCUGACCGAACACCUGCUCAGGACUUUACAACAGAAGGGAUACAAGGCUGUCACUGUAGGUGAGUGUAUGGGGGAUCCAAAGGAGAAUUGGUAUCGUGCUGCCGGCCCAGGGCCUAGCUUUACCUCUGAAAUUGUUACUCCUACCUCUCAACCCACCACCUCUACCUCCCAGAGUUCCACCUCCACCACCAGCCCGACCUCUUCCUCUUCAAGCUCUUCAACCACUUCAACCUCUUCGAGCUCUUCAACCACUUCAACCACUUCAACCACUUCAACCACUUCAGCCACUUCAACCACUUCAACCACUUCAACCACUUCAACCACUUCAACCACUUCAACCACUUCAACCUCUUCAACUUCUUCGAGCUCCAGCUCCAGCUCCACCGCUCGCCCCGCCACUCGCUCGACUAUCACCACCACCUCCUCCACUUCCACCCCCGCCCCCACCACCACUACCACAUCUUCUCCUACCAGCUCCACCCCCAAACCCCCCACAUCCACAACCACAACCCCGAGCACCACCACCUCGAAACCCCCAAGCCCAACCAGCUCCUGCGCUUUCUUGGUCGGCAGAUGGUGCGCAGAGCCACUCCCAACCUACAACAAUGUCGAAGGAUGCAUGGCAAGUACAAACAAAUGCUGGAAGCAAGGCAACUACUGUUGGCUCGCAACCGACUCCAUGAGCUGCAGAUACUACCUAGGUGUGUGUCUAGCACAAGAAGAGCAUUGCACGUCCUGCCAGGAGGCUGGCUCCACGAGCUGCGCAUAUGUAACACCGGUUUAUCCCAAGCCGACGUAG